AAAAAAGUGCAAACAUCCCCUGAGCAGGACGAGGGAGCAGAACCAAGAUAAGGCAGAAAGGACACAUACACCCGGGACCCUCCUGCAAACCCGGAAGUGAAGGAGAGAGCAACACCAUUACCACCCACCACCCUCCUCCUCACCGGCUCCGUCGUCCAUUCCCCCCACUCGCCCCACCGUAUCUCUCCCCCCAAGAAACCAACCCGCAAUCCAGGACUGCCGGGCAGAAGAGAAUGCUGGAGGGGAAGGCGCUGGUGGAGGACACGGACAUGCCGGCGCGGAUGCAGGCGGCGGCGACGUCGGCCGCCUCCCGCGCGCUCGACCUCUUCGACGUCGCCGACUGCCGCGCCAUCGCCGCCCACAUCAAGACGGAGUUCGACAAGCGGUACGGCGUCGGGUGGCAGUGCGUGGUGGGCGCCAACUUCGGCUGCUUCUUCACCCAUUCCAGCGGCACCUUCAUCUACUUCUCCCUCGAGCGCCUCACCUUCCUCCUCUUCAGGGCCGCCGCCGCCGCCGCCGUGGCUUCUUGAUGCGCCGGGGAUGUCCUGAUCUGCUCCUAGGAGAUCCAGCCACCGGCAACGCCAGCUUCAGACUUCGGAGAUUGUACCUGUAUCUGUAUGCUCGCUCAAUUCAAAUGUGCCCAAUUUGUACAUAGUUCACCAUGUUCGCUCAAUCGUGGAAAUCCUAGCAAAGCUUCCUUGAUGUUAUUCUUGUUCUAGAUCCUACCGAUUUCAACUUGUGAGGGCGCCUCAUCUUGUCUGAUAUUUACUUUCUGUUUUACUUUUGGGCCAAAACCACCGUUCACGCUUAGACGGAUGCCCUAAUAGUUGUUAUUCAGUCAGUGUGGAUGAUUGUAGAAGGAUGCAGCGUGCAAGUUGAGAAAUGAUUUCUUUU